AUGCCUCCCUUCCACAUGUCGACUCAGACCAUCAAGGACGCUUUGGCUCCUCGCGAGACCAAUGGUCAGGUUGUCUUUCUGAAGAAGCUUCACUGGUUCAAGAUGGAAUCACAGGUUGAAGCCUACGUCGACAAAAUCAUUCGUCCGCGUCAGGUCGAGUACUACUGGCCAGAAAAGGAUGGCACAGCAAAGAAGGCGAAGAAGGAAAACAUGGGCUAUGUUUGGAUCGUGUGCGAGAACGAAUAUGCAGCAAAGACCCUCGUGAAGGAGAUCAACCUUAAGGAGACAAAAAGAGGAUUCUACGGGCGGACUCUCGAAGCAGUCCACAUGAAUCGUAGACCGGUCAAUCGCCUUCCUCUUCAGAACAGACAUCCCACGAACAGACCGCACCAUACGCCUCCAAGCAACAUGCCCUCAGCUUCAACAGCUCCUCCUCCUGCGUCGGACUCUCGUCUCACGUCCGAAGACCCGGCAUGUGAUACCGCCCACAUGAGACCAUCUCAUGCUACCACGGCGCGUGGAAACACUCAUGCCGCCAAUGUUGCCAAUAUCAAACCCAUCAUGACCGGUGAUGCCCUUGUGGAUUCCCAGCUUCAGAACGAGGGAGGUGGUCCUGCUGGGGAGGAUAGUGCGUCAGAAUCCACGGAAGAGGAUUCGUACUCUGACGUCGAAUCUCUCGGCCUGGACUUGUACUAA